AUGUAUAGUGCCAGUUAUAAUCCACGUGACCUCUCUUUUCGGAUUGCUGCACGCUCAAAUUUGAUAGCCAAUGCAGUGCUUCAGCUAGUCAAUAUCGAGUUGGCGACCGCUCAGGAAAAGAGUGAGCAUCCCGUGAUGAAAGCUCAUUAUCUGACUGCAGCUGAACCUUUCUCCGCUGCACGCGGUUUUCUAAACACAAAAUGCGAAACAUUCUGUAGUACGGUGGAGGCAACAACCAAACAGUUUGAUCUCAUUCAUGCUGAAUUGGGACCGGUGCCAAGGCAAACGUCAUCGGAGGUACAACAAACAAAACCCCGUGGACAAGAGAACACGCUCCAACCGGUGCCAUGA